ACAGGCAGAAGGCAGUCCGCUAGCCGCGCGCCCGGCCGACGCACGCCGCCGCCACAGCAUCACCUCACCCUGAUAAUGACUAAACCAUGACUCGGGAAUAAACAUAACAUUCGCGCACUGAUAACAUACGAUGACACAGAGUGAUCUCGCGAAUCUCAAUCUAUAGAUACCUACUUACAGUGGUGGUGUACUGUGUAUCGAACUGAAAGUUUAUUUUCGGUGGGAAAACAGUGUGUGAUUUUUCAAAAUGCGCCAAAACAGUGAUGCCUCGUUGUUGGCCAGUAGAGUAGCGGAGUUCAAGAGCGAUCCGGAGAAACUGCGACAAGCCUCAGAAUUUGUUGACGAGCUCAUUCAACAAGCUAAGAGAGAGGCAGAGCUUAAACAAAAAGAGAAAGACAGAAGUAAUAUCGAUGACGACGACGGGGACGCUGGUAAUCUGAAGCGCCGCCUAGGCCGAGCUAGGGGCUUCGUGCUUCGCAUGUUCGACGCUCUCUGCAACUGCACCCAGACCGCGGCCGCCGCAGCCCGCACCACCGCUCGCAAUAAUCCCUUCACUAAACGCUAAAUCACCGUCGCGCAUCAUUAUUCUGAGGAUCACCGUCGUCGCGCUAACUUUAUCAUUAUUCUGAGGGCUAAGAGCAAGGAGUUUCGUCAGAUUGGAUUUUCUUCAUUUUCCUUGAGAUGGUUUUGAUUGAGACGUUCAGUUAAUCGAGUUUGCUUUGAGGGUGGUUAUCGGAUA